GUGUGAUAUAGAUUGUUAAAAAAACAAUGGGCGUCGGCAAAAUACCCGAGUUUGACGUGAAAGCUGGAAAUUGGACUAUGUACUGUGAGAGGUUAGAAAUGUAUUUUCUCGCGAACGAUAUUAAGGAUCAAGUGAAGUUGCCGACACUAAUCGCUGUAAUGGGAGAAGAUGCCUAUCAAUUGUUAUCUACGCUAGCAAGCCCCAACCAACCUUCGUCUUUGACCUUCACUAACGCGGUGACUCUGCUAAAAAAUCACUUGCAACCGAAGCCCUCCAUCUUGGCCGAACGCUACAGAUUUCGACAGCGGCGCCAGGCAGAGGGAGAGAGUGUAGCUGAGUACGUGGCAGAACUGAAGAAGUUAGCAAAAACAUGCGAUUUUGGUACCAAUUUAGAAGAUAAUCUUCGCGACCAACUUGUUUGCGGCAUUGUCAGUGAGUCGACGCGGCAAAGAUUGUUUGCAGAGGACGGCAUCGGCUACUCGAGGGCAGUCAGCUUGGCUACGACACUGGAGGCGGCAGAAAAGAAUGCAGUCGCCGUAGAUCGUGACGCUAAGAUUAUCACGGGUGUACAUAAACUUGAAGCGAACCAUAAAUGUAUGGCGUGCGGUGAGAUUGGGCAUAAAACGGAAAGCUGUAAAUAUAAAAACUUUGAGUGUAGUUUGUGCAAAAACUUAGGCCACUUAAGGAGGAUGUGCCCUGAGAAAAAUGCAAGAUUCGGAGUGACGGAAACGGCGGGCAGCCAGUCACAAUCACGCGGCGACGGCGUGACCUAUAACGGUAGCGGAGCACGCGGUAACCGAUCAGCUGGGAGAGGCGGCAGCGGGCGCGGGCGCGGGCGCGGAGGGCGCUCGGGCCGCCGAGGCACGAACAACUAUUGGGUGCACGCGCACCGGGCAUCAGCUGACGCGGCGAGCGAUAACGGCGGAUAUACGUCGGCGCUAGACUAUAGUUGUGAUUCGGAUGAUAACAACGAACCUAUGUACCAAAUGUCGUUAAGCAAAUAUAAACCGGUAUGUAUCUCAAUGUUUGUUGAAAAUCAGUUGCUAAAUAUGGAAAUUGACACCGGAGCUGCCUUAGCUUGUAUCUCGCUAGAUACUUAUUAUAAACGUUUCAGAGAUUUACCGAUACGGCCAUGUCGUUUAAAUUUAACGCUAUACAAUAAAACUGUGAUUCAACCGGAGGGUUAUGUGCGAGUUGAAGUUAGGUACAAAGGAAUAAGGAAAAUAUUAGAUUUGUAUGUGAUAGACCAGGGUAUCACUACUCUUUUAGGUCGACAAUGGCUUUGUGAGUUAGGUAUAGAUAUUCCUGCUUCUAAGAUUUGUAAUAUAGACACAGAAAAAGUAAAUAAAUCUAAUAAUCUUAAUGAAAUCCUUUCCAGGCAUGAGUCAUUGUUUGACGGCACCUUGGGGCGGUACACGGGCGGCACGGUGCGGCUGCAUGUACGCCCGGGCUCGGGCCCGGUGUUCUGCCGCGCCCGGCCGGUACCGUUCGCGCUGCGGCCGCGAGUUGACGCCGAGCUUGACGCCAUGCUGGAGGCGGGCGUCAUCCGGCCCGUCAGCCGCUCCGACUGGGCCACUCCUCUGGUGAUUGCUCGUAAGGCGGACGGCGGAAUACGACUGUGUGCGGACUAUAAGGUGACCCUUAAUCCUAACUUAUUGGUCGAUAGGUACCCGGUUCCCAAGGUCGAUGACCUUUUUAGCACGCUAAGCGGAUACAAGUAUUUUACUAAAUUAGACUUGUCACAAGCUUAUAAUCAACUAGUCCUAGAUGAGGCGUCCACGGAGUACACGGUAAUAAAUACACAUAGGGGCCUAUUCAAAUACGCUCGUUUAGUUUAUGGGCUGGCUUCUAGCCCAGGAAUCUUUCAAAAGUUUAUGGAAGAUCUAUUUAAAGGGGUACCGGAUGUAAUCAUUUUUUAUGAUGAUAUCCUAAUUAAAAGUAAAGACAUCGGUAGUCACCUUCAUACGAUCGAGCAGGUGCUAAGUAUAUUAGAGUCAAAUGGGUUAAAAAUUAAAAAAAGUAAAUGUGACUUUUUGACUAAGGAAGUUCAGUACUUAGGUUUUGUUCUUGAUAAGGAAGGUUUAAGGGUAAACCCGGAUAAAAUUAAACCCAUCAUCGACAUGCCCCCACCCCAAAAUAACCAUCAAUUAAAAUCUUUGUUAGGUAUGAUCAAUUUUUACGGAAAGUUUGUAAAAAACUUAGCAUCCCGUUUAACACCACUGUAUAGCUUAUUAAAAAAAGGCAAACAUUAUCAUUGGGGGAAGGAUCAGAAUGAGGCAUUCCUUCAGGUAAAAAAAGAUCUUUGUGGAGCGGAGGUAUUGGUUCAUUUUGACAUGUCACGGGUUAGUGUGGUAACUUGUGACGCGUCAUCACGUGGCCUUGGGGCAGUUUUGGCCCAACGCGCUCCCGAUGGCACCGAGCGCGCCGUCGCCUACGCGUCACGCGCACUUACCCCCGCGGAAAUGCAUUACAGUCAAAUUCACAAGGAGGCUUUAGCCAUAGUUUUUGCCACAGAUAAGUUCCAUCAGUAUUUAUUUGGUAGAAAAUUCAUUCUUCGCACGGAUCAUAAACCUCUAGUGAGCAUUUUUGGACCAAAUGUUGGUAUACCGAUUACGGCAGCUAGUCGGCUUCAGAGGUGGGCGAUUAAGUUAUCAGCUUAUGACUUUAACAUAGAAUAUGUAAAUACUGAUAAAAAUACCGCGGAUGCCCUAUCGCGUUUAAUUAAUUCUCACAAGGAUGAAUCAAUCGCCUCUGAAGAAGUUUUGCCUGAGCAGACGUACUUACAUUUUGCAUCUGAAGCCCUUUUAUUAGACUAUAAGGUACUAAAAAGGGAAACAGCUUCAGACCCGAUUCUCAGCAGAGUUUUGAGUUACAUCGUGGAUGGGUGGCCUACUGACGUAGAUAUAAAAGAACUUAAGCCAUAUUUUAAUAGACGGAAAGAGAUAUAUAUAGAACUAGGUUGUGUCAUGUGGGGACACAGAGUAGUUAUCCCGAUAUCUUGUCAAUCCAAGGUAAUGAAAGAGCUGCACGACACACAUAUGGGGGUUGUCAAAACAAAGGCGUUGGCACGGAGCUAUGUGUGGUGGCCGGGAGUGGACGAGGCCGUGGAGGCGGCUUGCAGCGGCUGCGAGGUGUGCGCCAGCGUGGCAAGCGCGCCGCCCGGCCACGCACCGAGUCCCUGGCCAUGGCCCAAUCGCCCAUGGGCAAGAUUACAUUGUGAUUUUUUAGGACCCAUAUUAGGGAACACUUAUUUAAUUGUGGUAGAUGCCGGUUCUAAGUGGAUUGAGGCAAUUCGUAUGAAAACUACUAACGCAGGGGCAGUAAUUUCAGAGUUAAGGCCAAUGUGGGCGAGAUUUGGCCUACCAAAACAAGUAGUUACAGAUAAUGGCCCUCCUUUUACUAGUGCGGAAUUUGAGUCUUUUUUGGCAAGAAAUAAAAUUGAUCAUUUAUUUUCAGCGCCUUACCACCCGGCGUCCAACGGUGCCGCAGAAAAUAGUGUUAAAAUUUGCAAACGGGUAAUUCAAAAAGCUAUUAAACAAAAAAUAGAUAUAGAUACGGCUUUAAACAGGUUUUUAUUAUCAUAUAGAAAUACCGAGCAUUACACUACAGGUGAAAGUCCGGCCAGAAUUUUACAGGGAAGAAAUUUACGUAUGCGCUUAGAUAAUUUUAAACCAGAUCGUUUAGACCGUGUAAACAAACGUCAAGAGCAGGACAACGCGGUACGAGGGGUGCGCGGGCGCGAAUUCGCACGCGGCGACGAAGUGUGGUGCCGCGACUACCGCUCCUCCGAUCGCUGGGUCCCGGGAAAGGUCUCAGACAUUCUAGGUAAUACAGACUAUAAGGUAUUGUGUGAUAAGGGAACCGAGGUACAUAGGCACAUCGACCAAAUAAGGCGCAGGGUCCCAAGAGUAACUGAGGAAGUACGUACACAGCCUAGAUCAUCCGUCCAUCGUAGAAAUAGCUCCUUAAUUGUUCCGCAAGUAGAUGGAUGCGAGCCGGAACCAGAGGAACGACCAGCCGAGCCGAUUAGAGCUAGCGCGAGCCAGGGUAGUGCGACUAAAGACGCUUCCCCGCAGGCUGCCGCCGUGGACCAGCCCCAGGUUGCAACCGAUAAGGUUGAUAAUAUGUGUCCACCUAAAAGGGUACCUAAACCUCCUAUACGUUUCGGAUUUGAGGAAUAUUUUUAGAAUUAAGUAUCACCUACCUUCUGUUCUGUAUGAUUGUG